AUGGUUUAUUCGCCAGUCGUCGCUUUAGGUUUUCUUGGCGCUCUGCAGGGCAGGGGCGAGGUUUUUCAACGACAGACGAACGCAACGGGCUGUGCAACGGGCGUGCAUAUGAUUGUGGCCCGGGCCAGCACCGAGCAGCCGGGAACGGGAGUCAUCGGCGCCAUCGCGAACAGCAUCCAAUCGCAAGUUCCCGGGUCCGACAUCGUGCCGGUUGAUUAUCCCGCUCUCUUGAAUCCCUACCAACCGUCGCAGAAGGCUGGUGUCACAGCCAUGACCAAGCUGGUUCAGGACUACGCGAAGGCAUGCCCUCAGACGAAGAUGGUUCUUAUGGGAUACUCUCAAGGAGCACAUGUCACUGCCGAUGUUCUUUGCGGCACAAGCGAGACGGGCUUCGAGACUACGGAGCCUCAGGCAACAGACGUGACGGAUAAAAUUGCCGCUGUCGUUCUCAUGGGCGAUCCCAGCCACGUGACUGGACAGCCUUUCAACCAAGGAACCAGCCAGAAAGAUGGCCUUUUCCCGAGGCAAAAGACCGCCGGCUGCGACGCCGUUUCCAGCAAGAUGGCAUCCUUCUGCAACAGUGGCGACCCAUUCUGCGACAGCGGUAUUAAUCUCCAGGUCCAUCUGAGCUAUAUCCAGUCGGACGGAAACGCAGCGACAAAGUUCAUCAUGUCCAAGGUUGGUGGCGAAGCUACUACAUGA